UAGUAGCCAUAUAUAUUAGUGAGAAAACAAAAAAAAAUCCUCACUAUAGUGGAAGCCAUUACUACUCGAGAGAUUUGAAUGAUAGAUGCUAGUGGUUUCGAUCCAAUUGAUAGUGCAGAGGAUCAUAUCUACGAAUUAUAUGCUAUUCGAGAAGUUCCCGAGGGUCAGCAUUUAGGAUACUUUGAUAGAUCUAAGAAUGAAAUUAAGAUUAGCUUAGAGGAAUCUGGUAUUGACUUAACUAUCAAACAAUCCUUAUCUGGAUUAAACUCCACCAGUUCUUCUACUGGAUUUAUAUGUUGGCAAUCGGCUACCUACUUUCUUGAUUGGGUCAUCAGUAAGAUUGAUAAUCCAUUUUAUUCUAUAUUCCAUAAUAAUCUGAAUCUUGUGGUUGUAGAAUUAGGUACGGGUGUAAGUGGGAUUUGUGCAUCAGUAUUAGGAUCUCGAGUAGGUCGAUAUAUUGCUACUGAUCAAAAGCAUAUCUUAAAGUUAUUACAACAAAACAUUAGUGAUAACAUUUCUUUACCUAGUAAUUCGAUAAAGAAUAAACAAAAGCAAAAGCAAAAGCAAAAACAAAAAGUAAUAUCUCAUCAAGUUGAUGUAAUUGAAUAUGAUUGGGAAUAUCCUGAACAAGGUAUUUAUAAUUAUCAAGAAUUAUUCCAGGACGCUCUGGCACCACUCCCUGAUGUGAUUAUCGCAUGUGAUACCAUCUACAAUGAUUACUUAGUUCCAUACUUUGUUAAAGCAUUAAAAUCAUUAAUGUCUAGUACUACUUUUGCAAUAGUCUCACUACAAAUGAGAGAUCCUACUACGCUUGAGAAUUUUGUUAAUGAGGUAAUUACUGCUAACCUCAAGAUCUAUUCUAUCCCUACACAUUUAUUGAGUAAACACCAACAAAAGGGGUUUGUAGUAUACUAUAUAACAGCCAAUGACACUAAUUAACUAAUAGACAAUAAGUAUAUAUUAAAUUAAUAAGUAAUAACUAC